AUGGGAAGCGCCAUGGGAAUGUUCUCAUCCCUCAACAGUGUUGUUCAAAGCCCUGAUGCCUUGGAGUUCAUAGGCAAGAAGACCAUGGAUGUCAUAGCAGCGGGAGAUCCAGGGUACAAGAAAACAAAGGGUCUGAUGAACAGGACUAACACUCUUUCUCUGGUGAAUAUUGUUGAAUGGAUGUUCGAGAAGCCUCCUCCAGUGUUGGGCUUACACUUUAUUGGUGUUGGAAAGAUUGAAUUCAAGGUUUUUGUUUUGGCUGAAGGUCUUACGGGAGGCCAAGGAGAGAGAGGAGCAGCAAACAGCCAAGGAGAUGUUCUCCGACAUGGAAAAGAAGGCCCAUUACGGAAUGCUGUUCGAUGAAUUCCAGGGCCUAUCCCACCUGGAAGCUCUGGAGAUUCUCUCCAGGGAGAGUGAGUCAAAGGUAAUACCGAGCAAGUACACAUUUUACUUUGUACAAAGAAACAAGUAAACAGCCUCUCAAAACAUUAUUGAUUGUACACAGUGCACAGCCUUCCCUUGAAAUCAAUACAACUUUUUGCUAGCAAUACUUUGCACACUUGUAAAGGGAUCACCUACAACCAUUGCAACCUCUUGAGAUAUAAAAAUGGCACUUUAAAAUCCUCCUGGCUCCUUUUUGUAGAUCCAAUCUAUGACUGAAUCAGUUGUCUGUUGUGUGGUGUAGGUGAAGUCUGUUCUGACCGCUCUGUCUGGAGAGGAGCUGGACCAACUUAAAGAGGACCUGGAGCUCAUAAAGGAACCUUUCUCUCUGGUGGAGUUUGACGAUGAGGAGGUGAACGAAAAGAAAGGUAGCCUACCGUCACAGAACUGUCACAUAAAGUCUACUAUCACAAUGUUACAUUUACAGUCUUUUAGUACUCACAACAGAAACAAAAUACUUUUGGUGUAUGCUUUUUUUCUGUGGGUGAUAAGCCAACUGGAAAACAUCCAAAUUGUUAUCUUGUUUUAGGGAAAGAUGGCAGUAUGUUUCUGUGAUAAUACAAUGAACAAAAGCAAUACAUUUUGUUUAUUCAUAUUUAUUUUCAGAUGAAGAUGGCGCUGAGUUUCUGAGGGAAUUAACAGAGGCCCUGGAUGGACUACACAUAUUCACAACAGCUGACAAACUUGGCAAGGUUGGCACAAUACAUUUCUCUCUUGAUUUAAUUUAAAGCCAGUGAUCUUUCUGUCUCAUGCUUGUGGUCCAAUAUUAUAGCAGUGUUUGAUGCCAUCUUCUGAAGAGUUUUGGUAGAACUGAGCUUUAAAAGGACUGAGUUCACUACUCGUCUUUGCUUUUUCUAAGUAUUUGUGCCUGCAGCAAUUUCUAUAUUCUGCAUUCAUUGCAAUUCAGGCAGCACCUCUUCUCCAGUUGGUAGAUCACUAAUCUCUAACCUAUUUUCUCUCUGCAAACCCCUUAUCAGGUAAGUAAGAAUGCAUGUGACCAGAUUGCCCAAAUGACCAAACUCAUAAAGGAAGAAGGGAAUGAAGAGGAAUUGUCAAAAACCAAUACUGUUGAGGUAUGAAAAAAUAAUACAAAAUGUGUGUAUCAAGGUCAUUAUCUGACUGUGACUAUUGGAAUGGAGCUUUACUCCUUUCUGUUGUAACUACUGAUGUGAGUGUUGUUGAUUCCUCUAAGGAUGUCCACUCGUCGGCCAUCAGAAGCUUGGCUGUGCUCACAGCCAGAUCAAUAGAGCAGUUCCACAAAGUGGCCGAGAUGAUCCUGUUCUGUACCAGCCAGGAGGUCACUACUCUGGAGCAGGCCAAAAUCCUCUCGCAGUAAGUUCCUACACACCAUCAGCCAUCUACAGAGUAUUAUAUUACUAGUCAUAGAUACAGUGCCUUCAGAAAGUAUUCACACCCCUUGACUUUUUCCACAUUUUGUUGUGUUACAGCCAGAAUUUAAAAUAGAUUAAAUUGAGAUGUUGUGUCACUGGCCUACACACAAUACCCCAUGAUGUCAAGGUGGAAUUAUGUUUUUAGAAAUGUUUACAAAUUAAUUAAAAAUUAACAUCUGAAAUGUCUUGUGUCAAUAAGUAUUCAACCCCUUAUUUAUGGAAAGCCUAAAUAAGUUCAGGAGUAAAAAUGUGCUUAACCGGUCACAUAAUAAGUUGCAUGGACUCACUCGGUGUGCAAUAAUAGUGUUUAACAUUAUUUUUAAAUGACUACCUUAUCUCUACCCCACACAUACAAUUAUCUGUAAGGUCCCGCAGUUGAGCAGUGAAUUUCAAACAAAGAUUCAACCACAAAGACCAGAGCGAUUUUCCAUUGCCUCGCAAAGGGCACCGAUUGGUAGAUGGGUAAAAAUAAAACAAAGCAGACAUUGAAUAUCCCUUUGAGCACGGUAAAGUUAUUAAUUACACUUUGGAUGGUGUAUCAAUAUACCCAGUCACUACAAAGAUACAGGCAUCCUUCCUAACUCAGUUGCCAUAGAGGAAGGAAACCGCUCAGGGAUUUCACCAUGAGGCCAAUGGUGACAUUAAAACAGUUACAGAAUUGAAUGUCUGUGAUAGGAGAAACUGAGGAUGGAUCAACAACAUUGAAGUUACUCCACAAUACUAACCUUAAUGACAGAGUGAAAAGAAGGAAGCCUGUACAGAAUAAAAAAUAUUCCAAAACAUGCAUCCUGUUUGCAAUAAGGCACUAGAGUAAAACUGCAAAAAAAUAUUUGCAAAGAAAUUAACUUUAUGUCCUGAAUACAACGUCUUAUGUUUGGGGCAAAUCCAACGCAACACAUCACUGAGUAGCACUCUUCAUAUUUUCAAGCAUGGUGGUGGCUGCAUCAUGUUAUGGGUAUGCUUGUCAUCAGCAAGGACUAAGGAGCUUUUUUUAGGAUGAAAAGAAACAGAAUAGAGCUAUGCAACACAUGCAAAAUCCUAGAGGAAAACCUGGUUCAGUCUGCUUUCCAACACACUGGAAGACAAAUUCACCUUUCAGCAGGACAAUAACCUAAAACACAAGGCCAAAUAUACACUGGAGUUGCUUACCAAGACAACAUUGAAUGUUCCUGAGUGGCCUAGUUACAGUUUUGACUUCAAUCUGCUUCAAAAUCUAUGGUAAGACAUGAAAAUGGCUGUCUAGCAAUGAUCAACAACCAACUUGACAGAAUUGAAUACUUAUUAAAAAGAAUGUGCAAAUAUUGUACAAUCCAUGUGUGCAAAGCUCUUAGACUUACCCAGAUAGACUCACAGCUGUAAUCGCUGCCAAAGGUGAUUCUAACAUGUAUUGACUCAGGCGUGGGAACACUUAUGUAAAUGAGAUGUUUCUGUUUUUCAUUUUCAAUACAUUUGCACAAUUUUCUAAACAUGUUUUCACUUUGUCAUUAUGUGUGGAGAUGGGUGAGAAAAUAAAUAUUUAAUCAUUUUUGAAUUCAGGCUGUAACACAACAAAAUAUGGAAUAAGUCAAAGGGUAUGAGUACUUUCUGAAGGCACUGUAUAACUCUGGUUCACACCUCCCUGACCUUCAGACAUAAUGUGUAUUUAUACCCUCAUUGUUAUCAUAUCCUAGUAUGUGAUUGUGCUCUAACUCAACAUUUUGUUCUCCCCUUACAGAAUAACAAUUAUUUUGUGUAAAGAGAUAUCACUACUUUCCAAGAAGUUCACCUACUGUUUAACUACAAUAGGGGUAAGAUGGUGAUUCUUUACGAACCUAAAUCACAAAGUAUAUUUAGCCUGUCACUAAGCUUACACUCUUCGAACCUACAUUCACAGAACUCAGCUUCAGAUGUUAAUAUUGAAUGUCUUGCAUAACAUAACUUUUCAUCAUGGAACUAAUGUGUACUGCAUCACUAUGACAACUAAUAAACUGUCUUUUGAGUUUCACAAAGUAAUCAACCUUACAACCCAACCUUACAACCCCUAGUGCGGUCGCUGAGGAAUUGCAGUGUGGUCCCCAAAACAAAAAUAAAUUAAGAGAACAGAUUAUUGUAUGGGACAAUAUACAAAGUUUUUGGGAAAGAUAAGUUGAUAAGAGAGAUGAAAAUGUAAUUAAUUUAAAGUUAUUUGUUGAUUAAAAAAUGUACCGAUUUUUAAGGUUGUCAUCAGAUUUGGGGAGGGGUGUAUGUGUGUCUUUCGGAGGGGUUGGGUAAAAAGUGGAAGUCAAAUUUCAGCUGGACCUUGUGUGCAAUUGACAAAUAAAGUGAUCUUUAAAAAAAAAUAUUGUGGUGGAUCUUUGAUGUUAUGGGGCUAUUUUGCUUCCACUGGUCUUAGGGCCCUUGUUAACAUUUACAUUUACAUUUACGUCAUUUAGCAGACGCUCUUAUCCAGAGCGACUUACAGUUAGUGAAUACAAGAAUGCAUCAAAACCCACAAAGAAAUGGUUAAUUGGUCACAAAAAUCAACAUUUUGCAAUGGCCAUCUCAUUCUCCGGACUUGAAACCCAUUGGUUAAUAUAUAUACAGUGGGGAGAACAAGUAUUUGAUACACUGCCGAUUUUGCAGGUUUUCCUACUUACAAAGCAUGUAGAGGUCUGUAAUUUUUAUCAUAGGUACACUUCAACUGUGAGAGACGGAAUCUAAAACAAAAAUCCAGAAAAUCACAUUGUAUGAUUUUUAAGUAAUUAAUUUGCAUUUUAUUGCAUGACAUAAGUAUUUGAUACAUCAGAAAAGCAGAACUUAAUAUUUGGUACAGAAACCUUUGUUUGCAAUUACAGAGAUCAUAUGUUUCCUGUAGGUCUUGACCAGUUUUGCACACACUGCAGCAGGGAUUUUGGCCCACUCCUCCAUACAGACCUUCUCCAGAUCCUUCAGGUUUUGGGGCUGUCGCUGGGCAAUACGGACUUUCAGCUCCCUCCAAAGAUUUUCUAUUGGGUUCAGGUCUGGAGACUGGCUAGGCCACUCCAGGACCUUGAGAUGCUUCUUACGGAGCCACUCCUUAGUUGCCCUGGCUGUGUGUUUCGGGUCGUUGUCAUGCUGGAAAACCCAGCCACGACCCAUCUUCAAUGCUCUUACUGAGGGAAGGAGGUUGUUGGCCAAGAUCUCGCGAUACAUGGCCCCAUCCAUCCUCCCCUCAAUACGGUGCAGUCGUCCUGUCCCCUUUGCAGAAAAGCAUCCCCAAAGAAUGAUGUUUCCACCUCCAUGCUUCACGGUUGGGAUGGUGUUCUUGGGGUUGUACUCAUCCUUCUUCUUCCUCCAAACACGGCGAGUGGAGUUUAGACCAAAAAGCUAUAUUUUUUUCUCAUCAGACCACAUGACCUUCUCCCAUUCCUCCUCUGGAUCAUCCAGAUGGUCAUUGGCAAACUUCAGACGUGCCUGGACAUGCGCUGGCUUGAGCAGGGGGACCUUGCGUGCGCUGCAGGAUUUUAAUCCAUGACGGCGUAGUGUGUUACUAAUGGUUUUCUUUGAGACUGUGGUCCCAGCUCUCUUCAGGUCAUUGACCAGGUCCUGCCGUGUAGUUCUGGGCUGAUCCCUCACCUUCCUCAUGAUCAUUGAUGCCCCACGAGGUGAGAUCUUGCAUGGUGCCCCAGACCGAGGGUGAUUGACCGUCAUCUUGAACUUCUUCCAUUUUCUAAUAAUUGUGCCAACAGUUGUUGCCUUCUCACCAAGCUGCUUGCCUAUUGUCCUGUAGCCCAUCCCAGCCUUGUGCAGGUCUACAAUUUUAUCCCUGAUGUCCUUACACAGCUCUCUGGUCUUGGCCAUUGUGGAGAGGUUGGAGUCUGUUUGAUUGAGUGUGUGGACAGGUGUCUUUUAUACAGGUAACGAGUUCAAACAGGUGCAGUUAAUACAGGUAAUGAGUGGAGAACAGGAGGGCUUCUUAAAGAAAAACUAACAGGUCUGUGAGAGACAGAAUUCUUACUGGUUGGUAGGUGAUCAAAUACUUAUGUCAUGCAAUAAAAUGCAAAUUAAUUACUUAAAAAUCAUACAAUGUGAUUUUCUGGAUUUUUGUUUUAGAUUCCGUCUCUCACAGUUGAAGUGUACCUAUGAUAAAAAUUACAGACCUCUACAUGCUUUGUAAGUAGGAAAAUCGGCAGUGUAUCAAAUACUUGUUCUCCCCACUGUAUAUAUAUAUUUUUUUAAUAUUCCAUUUAGCAGACGCUUUUAUCCAAAGCGACUUACAGUCAUGUGUGCAUACAUUUUUACGUAUGGGUAGUCCCGGGGAUCGAACCCACUACCCUGGUGUUACAAGUGCCAUGCUCUACCAACUGAGCCACAGAGGACCAAACUCUAAAUUGUAGAGGGCACUCCAUAAGCGCAGACAAAAUAUCUCAAGAAUCUGGAAGAAUUCUGUAUGGAGGAAUGGUCUAAGAUCCCUCCCAAUGUGUUCUCCAACUCAUUAAACAUUUUAGAAAAAGGCUCAGUGCCGUUAUCCUCGCAAGGUGCAGUAUUGAAAAAGGGUGUCAAUUUUGACCCCUACCUUUUUCAGAAAAACGUGUUAAACAAAAUCUCUUUGAGCAAUUGUAUUAGUAUAAAAUAAUGUAAAGUAAGAGUACAGAUUAUUGUACAUUUUUGGGAUAGAUAAGUUGAUAAGAGAGAUCAAAUUUAAUUAAUUGAAGGUUACAUGUUGACGUAAAAAUCUAAAAUGUAGAGAUUUUAAGGUUGUCAUCAGAUUUGGGGAGGGGUGUGGUUCCCAGAAAUUAUGGCAAAAAAAAUUGCAUCCCCGCUGAAAAAGUUUGAAAACCACUGCUUUAAAGAGCGUCAAUCCAUUAAAUAAUUAGUUGCAGGGUGGUCGAUAACAAGUUGAUGCAAUCUUUCCAUGCUGCAAUGCUGACAUUAAUUAUUCUAAUGGGAAUUCCUUUAGUUAAUUAGACCCAUAGAGAGUAGUGUAAAUCCAUCUUUAAUAGGUGUAUAAGAUUCCUGGUUCACUGAAUCCAGAGACUAAUAAGAGCAAAACAGUUUGUUUUGCAGUCAAAUGAAAAGGGAGAUGUCCUCAAUCCACUCAUAACAGGAGUAUUUUUGGAGGUUUGUACCUAAUUAAUUAUUGUACAUCGCUGCAUAUCACAUCAUCAUUCUGUCUGAAACCUGAAUUGUGUGUGUGUGUGUGUGUGUGUGUGAUUUACAAAUGUGGUGCAUUGUUUAAGUAUCUACAGUAUGUAUGCAUCUCCUCUUCUUUAGGCUUCCAACAGUACAUCGUACAUCCAGGAUGCCUUCCAGCUCCUCAUGCCUCUAUUGGAGUUGUCCCACAUUCAAAGGAGUGCUGACUCUACCCAACAGUGA